ACGGAUAUAGACAGUGGCUGUAUUAACUUUGGUCGACGACAACACAAAUGGUCAAGGCACAGUUAUCUGCCCACUUUAGCACAUCAUCCGCGCUUGUCGACAAUUCCCAUCUCUACGAGCUGUCUGUACCGCAAACGGAUUUCCGACACCGUAGAGAGCAGUUUUUUAAGUUUUGGUACCGAAGAAACUUUUCUUAAAAUUUCUCCUUGA